AGUAUGCGAGCUGCCUGCAGAUAGUAAACAAACCGCAGCUUCGUAGUGUUCACGUGUAAUCGAACGCCGUCGACGCCGCUAGCAUCGCUCCUUGAAACAAUUCCAGCCAUCUAGGACGGAAUCGCUACAAAAAUGGACAAACAUGUUGAAGAGGAGCCAAGUCCAGCCGUCGACGAGACAACAUCAAAGGAGGAACAGCUCGUUUCGCCGAGUGAUCCGGAUUCGGUGAGUUUAGCGGAAGGUGAGCCAAUGUCCAAACGGAAGCGCAAGAAGCUACUGAAGAUGCAACAGUGGGAAGUCAAGAAAAAGGAAAAACGACUCAAGGAGAAGGAAAAGAUGAAACAACGUAAGCUGGAGGCCAUCAAGGCUGGGCUCCCCACUCGGAACGGACCAAGUCGGAAGGAACUGAAGCGAAACAAGAUCGACUACAGUAAAUCGGAUAUCACGAUUGCGGUGGAUCUCAGCUUCGAUGAGAUGAUGAUCGACAAAGACGUUGCCAAAUGCGUCAAGCAGCUGUUGCGAAUCUACACGAUGAACCGGCGCUCGGAAAAGCCCAUUCCGCUGCACUUUACGGGUAUACGGCCCGGGGGUGCCGUGGAGAAGCACCUGAAGCGGAACGACGGUUACCAGCACUGGGAUGUGAAAUUCAGCGGGGAAUCGUUUGUGGAUUUGUUCGACAGGGAUAAGCUGGUUUAUUUGAGCAGCGAGUCGGACAAUGUGCUGACCACGUUGGAGAAGGACCACGUGUACGUGAUUGGCGGGCUGGUGGAUCACAAUCAGUACAAGGGCCAUUGCCAUGGGUUGGCCAGCGAGAUGGGAAUCCGGCAUGCAAGGUUGCCGUUGAGUGAACACAUUGUGAUCAAAACUAGGACCAUUUUGACGAUCAAUCAAGUGUUUGAAAUCUUGAUGAAAGUUCAAUUGGGUAAACCAUGGCAAGAGACGUUGCUGGAAGUGCUGCCAAUGAGGAAAGGGGCCAAGCCCAAGGAAGAUGCGAUUGUGGGCAAGACGAAAACAUCAGAUGAGAGUGAAGUAGCUGAACUCAAGGAGUUGAAAGAAGCUACUGACGAGGAGACUAAUAAUAACGGCAAUGAAGCUACCAGUUGAAAUUCGUACCUCUGGUCGGUACCAGAUGAAUAAAAGCAAAUUCAAAUGUUCACAAA